CGACUGAGUGAAAGAGAAACGAACCAACAAAGUAGAAACUGAAUUCAUAUACAAUUCUUUCCAAUCUCAUUGAAUCUUGAUUUGAGAUGGCGGACGCUUAUUGUUCAGACUGCAAGAGCGCAACAGAGGUUGUUUUUGAUCAUUCUGCCGGCGAUACGGUUUGUUCUGAAUGCGGUCUCGUUCUUGAAUCGCACUCGAUCGAUGAGACCUCAGAGUGGCGCACUUUCGCUAAUGAAUCCGGUGAUAACGACCCGGCUCGAGUUGGUAAAGCCUCCAAUCCUCUCCUAACCGACGGCGGACUCUCCACCGUCAUUACCAAGCCUAAUGGUGUAACCUCUGAUUUCCUUUCAUCCUCUCUUGGCCGAUGGCAGAAUCGUGGAUCAAAUUCUGAUCGCUCUCUCAUUGUCGCUUUCAAGACCAUUGCUAUCAUGUCCGACAGGUUAGGCCUGGUUGCUACUAUAAAGGAUCGGGCCAAUGAGAUAUUUAAGAAAGUGGAAGAUCAGAAAUCUAGUAGAGGAAGGAACCAGGAUGCGAUAUUGGCUGCUUGUCUCUACAUAGCUUGUAGGCAAGAAGACAAGCCAAGGACUGUGAAGGAAAUCUGCUCUGUUGCCAAUGGAGCAACAAAGAAGGAAAUUGGUCGAGCAAAAGAAUAUAUAGUGAAACAGCUUGAGCUUGAGAUGGGGCAAUCUGUGGAGAUGGGCACUAUUCAUGCUGGUGAUUUCAUGAGACGCUUUUGUUCAAAUCUUGGUAUGAACCAUCAAUCAAUGAAGGCUGCUCAAGAAGCUGUUCAAAAGUCUGAAGAGUUUGAUAUAAGGAGAAGUCCCAUAUCAAUUGCAGCAGCUGUCAUUUACAUUGUAACACAGCUCUCAGAAGAUAAGAAACCUCUUAAAGAUGUUUCACUUGCUACCGGAGUUGCAGAAGGAACGAUAAGAAAUUCUUACAAGGAUCUGUAUCCCCAUAUAGGAAAGAUAAUACCUACAUGGUAUGCAAAAGAAGAGGACCUCAAGAUUCUCACCACUCCAUAGUGGUUUGAAUCUAAACAUGCUUUAGGUGAAUGAAAAAAAAAAAAAACAAUUUGAAAAUUUUGUUUUUUUUAUUGAAACUUAAUCCUUUUAUGAAUCUCAUUGAGACGACGAGUCAGCAUAUCUUCUUCGUCGUUAACUAUACUAGUU